UAAUAAUAACAGGCAUAAUUUAUAAUGAGUAACAAUAGUAAAGUUAUUCAUUUACCUGUACAGGGUAUGACUUGCCAGGCCUGUGUCCGUACCAUUACUAAUGCAUUAUCCUUACUUAAUGGUGUUGAAUCAGUAAAUGUCGAUCUCGAAAAUGCCUCGGUUACUGUCACAUAUGAUUCUUUAAUUUUAACUUGUAAAGAUUUAAAAAAUAAUAUUGAAGAUUGUGGAUUCGAUAUUCCAGUCACAACCAUUAUAUUACCUGUACUUGGUAUGACUUGUCAUUCUUGUGUAAAAACAAUUACAAAUUCUCUCAAUACCCUUAACGGCAUCCUAUAUGUUGAGGUCAGCCUAGAAAAGGAAGAAGCAACGAUUGUAUAUGAUCAUAACAUCUUAGAUAUACCAAAUAUUGUGGAAACCAUUGAGGAUUGUGGAUUUGAUGUUAUUAUAAAUACAAAACAAGAAGCAAGUAAUAAAGAUAAUUGCAAAAAUACAACAAAAGGGUUAAUAGAUAAUAUGGACGAAGCACUGAGCUUGGAAAGAGUGGAAGAUAAUGAAGAUACAUCAACAAUGACAAUACAAUUAGAGGUACGGGGGAUGACUUGUGCGUCUUGUGUUGCAAGUAUUGAAAGAGCAUGUAAAGCACAUAAAGGCAUUUCUCAUGUUAGUGUCGCCUUAUUAGCUGAAAGAGCUACAGUAACGUUCGAUCCAUCGUCAAUUCAAUCUGAUGAAAUCCUUAAAAUCAUUCAUGAUAUUGGUUUUGAUGCUAAAAUUAUUGAACGUAAAGAACAUGAUUUAUUGCAAUUGAAGGUAUAUGGUAUGACUUGUGCUAGCUGUGUAGCAAGCAUUGAGAGAGGUCUUUCAAGUAUACCUGGUGUUAUAGAGGUUUCCGUUAAUCUAGUCACAGAAACAACUAAAGUGAGAUUUAAUUGUAAUCUUUUAAGUCCGCGUGAUAUAAUUGAAGCAAUCGAAGAGUUAGGUUUUAAUGCUAUCCUUUCAAGUAAUACUAAAGACGCGCAGCUAGAAAGCCUUACUAAAGUACGAGAGAUCCAGGAAUGGAAGGAAGCCUUUCUUGAAUGUCUUUUUUUCGCUAUCCCUGUCUUUUUUAUUGCCAUGAUCUUGCCUACGUUUAGCUGGAGUUCAAUUGUCAUGGAAAUUCCUUUUUUUAUUCCCGGUCUUUUCUUGAUGGAUACUACUCAAUUAUUGUUGACUAUACCCGUUCAAUUUAGUGUCGGUAAACGAUUUUUACGAUCUGCUUUUGUUUCAAUUCUACACGGAGCUCCAACAAUGGACGUUUUAAUUUCCGUGUCUACUUUAGCUGCAUUCUCCUUUUCCAUUUUCUCUAUGGCACGCGCUUUAUGGAUGCAGUCACAAACUCCACCUGUUGUUUUCUUUGAUACAUCGACUAUGUUGAUUACCUUUAUUGUCCUCGGUCGUUAUCUUGAGAAUAAGGCAAAGGGCAAGUCUUCUUCUGCACUUUCUAAAUUGAUGAAUUUAACACCUUCCACUGCGUUACUGGUGACUUUAGAUGAGAAUAAUACACUUCUAUCAGAAAAAAGGAUCCCCUCUGAAUUAAUUUCUGAAGGAGAUUUAUUAAAGCUGGUUCCUGGUGAUAAAAUCCCAACAGAUGGCGAAGUCUACUUGGGUUCAACAACUGUAGAUGAAAGUAUGGUGACAGGUGAGGUUGAUGCCGUUUCUAAAAAAUUAGGUGAUGCUGUAAUUGGUGGUACAGUCAACGGUCCUGGUACCUUUAUCAUGAAGGCAACACGUGUGGGCGCUGAUACAGCACUUAGUCAAAUUGUCAAGCUUGUUGAAGAUGCUCAAGUAAGUAAAGCUCCUAUUCAGGGAUUUGCUGAUCGUAUUGCAAGUUACUUUGUCCCCACUGUUAUUAUACUUGGUUUAAGUACCCUUAUUGUUUGGACCAUUCUUUUCAAGAUAUUAGGUGCUGAUCGUUUACCUGCUAGUUUACAGAAAGAGAUUAAUGCCACAGGUGAUGGCGACUGGUUUUUUGUAUGUUUAAAGCUUUGUAUUAGUGUUAUUAUUGUUGCUUGCCCUUGUGCUCUUGGACUUGCUACGCCUACUGCUGUUAUGGUUGGCACUGGCGUAGGCGCUGAAAAUGGUGUUCUUUUUAAAGGGGGUGAUGUAUUAGAGAAUGGACAAGCUGUUAAUAAGGUCGUGUUUGAUAAGACAGGUACACUCACAUGUGGUAAACUAGACAUGGUUGACUCUAAAUGCUGGACAGGAAAUGAACAAGCUCGAUUGAGAAUGUUGGUAUUGGCUGCUAUUGCUGAAUCUUUUAGUGAGCAUUUAUUAGGUCGUGCAAUUGUUGCUAUAGGCAAAGAAUUAACCGGCUUAAGUGUGUUAGACCCAUUGGCCUCCGUUGAAAACUUUAAUAGUGCUACUGGCUUUGGUAUAUCUUGUGAUGUAUUAUUUAAUAGUGAUUUACCAAAGGAUUUAAUAUCAACGAUGAGGCCUGUUUUAGAACCCUUUCUGAAUACCUCUCAUACUAUUGUUAUUGGUAAUAAGAAAUGGUUAGAAGAUCAUAACGGCAUUAGGCUUUCAAACGAGCAAGAGAACGUUUAUAAAAGACAAGGAUCUUUAGGUAGAACUUGUGUUCUUAUCGGUAUGGAUGGUAUUCUUUCAGGUUAUAUAUCUCUAACUGAUAUUGUGAAGCCAGAAGCAAAAAAAGUGAUUUCCGCAUUAAACGCCAUGGGUAUUCAUACUGCAAUGGUUACAGGUGAUAAUGAGUUAACUGCACGCUAUAUUGCGAAUCAAUUAGGUAUUAGUGAAGUACAUGCGGGUGUUUCACCUAAUGGUAAAACCCAGAUUAUCAAAAAAAUGCAAGAACAAGGAUUUAUUCAAGAACGUCUAUCUUGGUGGUCCAGAAAUAGAACAUCCAAUCCAUAUUUACCUCUUCAUCAAAAUAGUUCCAAAACAGGUAGGAAGGCUGUGGUUGCCAUGGUAGGUGAUGGCGUCAAUGAUUCUCCCGCGUUAGUUGCUGCUGAUUUGGGUAUUGCACUUUGCAGUGGAACAGAUAUUGCUAUGGAGGCUGCUGAUAUUAUUUUGAUGCGCAAUGAUUUAACUGAUAUUGUUGCUGCUUUAGAUUUGUCAAAGGCUAUCGUUUAUCGUAUUCGAAUGAAUUUGCUUUGGGCUUGCAUUUAUAACUUGAUUGGUAUCCCACUUGCUAUGGGCAUCUUUUCACCAUGGGGCUAUCGCCUUCAUCCAAUGAUGGCCGGCAUGGCUAUGGCUGCUAGUUCAACAAGUGUAGUUAUGAGUAGUUUGACACUUAAAUGGACUUGGAAGAAACAAGCAUUGAAAGAGGUAGAAGAAGAUAAUGAAUUUGUGGAUGACCCUUCAAUUAGAUUAUCUCUACUAGUUCAUGAAAUGAAGGCCACUACCCCUGAAGAAGAUAUUGAAAUGGGUCUGUAUGAUUCACAAAGCGAUAUAGAGGAAAAUGGUCUAUUAGAUAUUGAUACUGUUUAUAAUCAACAAAAGGAUUCACUAUUCAUUCGAUUUACUAAUGCUGCUAAAGGUAUUUUGUCAAAAACUCGAAAUACGACUACUAAAUAUACAGCAGUUUCCAAACAAGAUGAUCUUUAAUCUCUCUUUAAAUUAUUAUUAUUAUUACUACCAUAACAUAUUUAUUACUUACAAUUUAUUAAUACUUGCCUCUUACAAUAAUUUAUACAUUUCUUUUAUAAUCCAUAUUUCUGUAUCCU